AGGAAAAUUGCAAUAAAAACCCCAGGGUUUUUCUUCUUAAGGCUUAUGAACGAAGAGAGAGCAGAAUCAAAGAGAAGACGAAGAAGCCACAGCAGCAGCAAUAAUGGGUUGGAUCGGAGAAAGCAUAGACUCCAUCAAGUCAAUUCAGAUCCGGCAGCUCCUCACCCAGGCCGUCAGUCUUGGCAUGAUCGUUACAUCGGCUCUAAUAAUAUGGAAGGCCUUGAUGUGCAUCACUGGAAGCGAAUCUCCUGUCGUCGUUGUUCUUUCUGGAAGCAUGGAACCUGGUUUCAAGAGGGGAGAUAUUUUGUUCUUACACAUGAGUAAAGAUCCCAUUCGGGCUGGGGAGAUUGUUGUUUUUAAUGUUGAUGGCCGUGAAAUUCCAAUUGUCCAUCGUGUUAUUAAGGUCCAUGAGAGACAAGACACUGGGGAAGUUGAUGUCCUCACAAAAGGGGACAACAAUUAUGGUGAUGACAGGCUUUUGUAUGCUCAAGGGCAGCUCUGGCUUCAGCGGCAUCAUAUAAUGGGCAGAGCCGUUGGGUUCUUACCCUAUGUUGGUUGGGUGACAAUAAUCAUGACUGAAAAGCCCAUCAUUAAGUAUAUUCUUAUUGGUGCAUUAGGGUUGCUGGUUAUUACUUCCAAGGACUAGAGAUGAAGCAAUGGCUGAGUUUGCUCGAGUCUGAAAAACUUUCCAAGUUUUUUUCCUCUACAUGUACUCAGAAAAACUUAAAUCAUAAUUGGAUAGAUUACAGCACCGAAGUUGAUUAUGUAUUGCAGGCUUCAGCAACUCUUUUUUAUCUUAUAAUUUAAUGGAUUUUGGGGCUACCUCUUAUUUCUCACUG